CAUUGAAGCUACCCGUUCAACUUCAAAUCUUCGUAACCGCGAUGCGGUACAUAACAAAUCCUACUCCAUAAAAAGUAUGCAAUACAGAGCAAGCGAUGACAUAUUUUAAUACUUUCCUGCUGACUAUUGAGGCAUCCGUCAACAACAUUAACUCAGAAGUUCAUUGUUAAAUAACAUGUCAAUCUCCAUUUAACAAUUAAGUUAUUGGUAAUUAACAUGUCAAUCUCCAUUCGUGGUACACCAAUAGGAACGUUCAGUCAGGCUGCCGCUUCACUUAGACACUUCAACAUCAGUGUCAUGUUGACGUGAAGGAUUUACGAGCAGAUAGGUUCUAGUAAUGAAUACCACGCUGAAGGACCAUACUGUACUCGUAUACUCUACCAUGUUAUAUGGCCAGAAUUCAAGGUUUAAUUAAUGUCCUUACUGGAUAUGGCACGCUUCAUUACUCCUGUCACUGCUUCAUUUUGUGUACCAUCUCGGAUCUAUCCAUCCAUUAUACCGAAGACUAGUUGAUGAAUCUGGAGCCAGAACGAACGGCGGUGAAAAUAAUAUACCAAGGCAUCGUUGGAGAGCUGAGAGUUUGGUGGAGGUUGAGAUCGAGUUACCGGAUAGAGGACCAUGGCAGAUCCCCUGCUUGUCCGCAUUAUCAACACUUCCCUUGGUGUGAUUGGCCUGAUCGGAAACUCCAUAGUGGUCAGCGUUAUCUUCAAGGUGAAGUUCAUGCACACACUGACCAAUGCUUUAAUCUGCAACCAAGCCGUGGUGGACUUACUCGGCUCUCUCUUCUUGAUCCUGACCAGUAACAUCGCGGUCUCCGGCCCCCUUCUAGGCACCUCAGGCUACCACAUUGUUUGCCACCUCUGGCUGUCUAAGUUUUUCGUCUGGUCCUGCUUUACCGCCUCUACUGUCAACUUAGUGUCGCUCACUUGCGAGCGCUAUGUAGCUAUCGUGUACCCGUUCAAAUAUGUAACCCUGUAUACCAGAAAGUCUGUCGCGGGCAUGGUGGUAGUCACCUGGCUGAUGGGACUCAUCCUUGGAGUGGCCUACGCAGCAGCGGGAAUGACCUUCGAAAAUGGUCAGUGUUCCUCCACCACUUCAGUCGGUGCCCAGGCGCUCAACAUCAUUCUCGUCGUGGUCCAGUUCUUUAUCCCCGCAAUCCUGAUGGUGUUCCUCUACUCGCACAUGACCGUCACGCUGAAGCGAAGCGCUGAACGCAUUGCUGCUAUCGCCCCGACUGUGUCGGCCAACUUGGCCCAGGAAGAUCGCGAUAGCUCAGGUGCAACCCGCUCUGAAAACGCCGAGCAGUCGCUGCUUCGAGCCCGCCGCAACGUCUUCAAGACCCUCUUACUAGUAUUCGUCACCUUCCUGGUGUGUUGGAUGCCAGCUGAGGUCAUGUUUACCAUGUUCAACUUCGGAAUUGACCUCAGCGGGGUCAUGCACGUCGUAUCUGUCUCUCUAGUGGCCACCAAUUCGUGCGUCAACCCCUUCAUAUAUGCCCUUAAGUACACACCGUUUCAACGAGGAUUUCUUUCUCUAAUUGGACGAAAAGUCCAGGCCGAGGUAGGCAUGCUGUAAACCAAGCCCCUGAAGUAGUUAAUCGU